AUGUCGCUAGGAAGCGACUCCGUCAACGACCACGAUGACUACGGCCCGAAUGCACGACUUCUGGACAGGGAACCUUGGCGGGCUUCUCUAGAAGAGCACGAUCGUCAAAUGGAAAAGACACGUCGAGAUGAGGGAGAUGGAGACCAGCAGCCAAGCUCUUCUAUCUCGCCUUCAGCACUGGCGAUUUCCAGACGUCGUCGGCUGCUGGCUGUUAUGGUAGCCGUCUUGAUGCUGCUUGGGCUCUCUGUUUUUGCCUUCCAGCCUCUGAAGCUCUCGUCCUUGGCCUGGCUAGAAUGGACAAACCACUGGAUAGGCUCGUGCACCACUGCAAACAGACCCGUGACGAACGACGUGAGCUCCGAUGUGGGUGAUCUCUUCUUGCUAGGAGUCGGCAAGGCUGACAUCACCGGCCCCGUCGUCGAGAUCAACCUGAUGGGAUAUGCUGAUCCCAAGCAAGUAGGUACUGGUCUUCGACAGCGGCUCUAUUCGCGCGCAUUCAUUAUCGGUGACGCCGAUCCGGAGCGUGCGGCCGACCGAUUCGUCUACCUGGUUCUUGAUACACAGUCGGGCGACACUGCUGUCCGCUACGGCAUUAUCAACAGCCUUCGCAAGCUCGGCACCGAGUAUGCUGCGCUCUAUGGCCACCACAAUAUCGCCGUUACAGGCACGCACUCACACUCGGGCCCCGGUGGAUGGCUUAACUACCUGCUGCCGCAGAUUACCAGCAAGGGCUUUGACCGCCAAGGCUUCGAUGCCAUUGUCGACGGGGCCACGCGGUCGAUCCAACGUGCCCACGAGGGCCUUCAACCGGGGUAUCUGAGUACAUCCUCGGCCAAGGUCAAGGAUGGCAAUAUCAACCGCAGUCACUUUGCCUACAUGUCCAACCCAGAAGACGAGCGUGCGCGAUACAACAAAUCUGGUACUGCGGACAAAGAUGACGGAUCCGUUGACAAGGAUUUGACACUGGUCCGCUUCCAGCGUGCCUCGGACAAAAAGGAUAUUGGCGUGCUGACCUGGUUCCCGACGCACGGCACGUCCAUGCUGGGCAACAACACUCUCGUCUCCGGCGACAACAAGGGCGUUGCUGCCUACUUGUUUGAGAAUGGCGUGCGCGAUGCCGGCAAGGCUGCAAGUGACCAUCAAUUCGUCGCUGGCUUUUCUCAGGCCAAUGUCGGCGACACAAGUCCCAACGUCCUGGGCGCCUGGUGCGAAGACGACUCCGGUUUGCCAUGUAGCUACGAAAACAGCACCUGCAGCAACGGCAAAGCCCAGUCCUGCCAUGCCCGCGGCCCCUUCUUCCGUGAGGAUAACACGGGUACUGCCUCAUGUUUCGAAAUCGGCCGCCGCCAGUUUGAGGCGGCCUGGACGGCAUACCGGUCAUCCACAGCGCAACCUAUUCGCGGGUCUUGGGUCAAGUCGUUCCAUACCUUCCACAACAUGGCCGACUUCACUUUCACGCUACCCAACGGUACAACUGCACAGACGUGUCCCGCGGCACUUGGUUACUCCUUUGCGGCGGGCACCUCUGACGGUCCUGGCGCCGUGAACUUUACCCAGCACGACUCAGACCCCUCCAACACGUCGCCGAUCUGGCGUGCCGUCUCGCGCUUUCUCAAGAACCCGUCAAAAGAACAAAGGGCGUGCCAUGGCGCCAAACCAAUUUUAUUGGACGUUGGUGAGCUUAGCAGGCCUUAUCGAUGGACGCCCAAUGUGGUGGAUAUUCAAGUAUUGCGUGCCGGCAACCUUGUCAUCGUGGUUAGCCCUGGAGAAGCAACAACCAUGGCCGGCCGACGCUGGAAAGAGGCCGUCGCUGCUGCGUACCCUACACUGGACGAUGGGCCUUCUAGAGACCAAGAAGCUGUGGCGUCUACCUCCCCGGUCGUGGUCUUGGGUGGCCCUGCCAACAGCUAUACACACUAUAUCACAACCGAAGAAGAAUAUGCCAUCCAACGAUAUGAGGGCGCUUCGACGCUCUAUGGUCCUCAUACGCUGGCUGCAUACAUCAACGUGACGCUCGAACACCUGUCCUAUCUGGCGGCCUCGAUACGACCCGGGGAUCUGCCACCACUCGACGACGACCUUGAUUCGUUUCCGCCCGACAACAGCAACCGCUCACUGUCGUUUAUCACCGGUGUGAUUCGGGACGGGCCGUCACUAUUCAAGAAGUUUGGCGAUGUCACAAAGGAUGUCGAUGCAACCUACCGCCGGGGUUCCUGGGUCGCCGCAACAUUUGUUGGCGCCAACCCACGGAACAACCUGCGGCUGGAGCAAACAUUUGCAGCCGUCGAGAGGCAACUCGAAGCCGGAGGUGCCUGGAUCACUGUGCGGGACGAUCGGGACUGGUCGCUGGUCUACCGCUGGCGGCGUAUUAGCGAACUGAUGGCUACAAGCGAGGUCGAACUAGUCUGGGAGACGGAGGACUGGGCCACUCCUGGCACCUACCGUCUCCACUACUACGGCGACUCGAAGUCGCUCGGUGGUACUGUGACACCGUUUGAGGGCGUGUCUGGGCCGUUUGUACUGGAGUAA